UGGGUGUCUUUAGACUCUCCACUAGCUAUAAUAAUUUGGAGAAGGUAUAAUCAAAUGAUAUAAUCAUAUAGAGGAGGCAAAGAAUUUAAAUGCGUAAUAAUACGGCCUGAAUAAAAUAAGUCAAAUUUAAUGAGAAUGAAAUGAAAUGCGUGUAUAUACAUAUAUCGGGGAAGCAUGUGUAUGUGUAGAGGAGAAGGGUGGGGAAAAUCUAAAUCGUAGAAUAGAAUUAGACAAUUAAUUUGGUUGCUGCUGCAUUUGACUCUGCGAAUCUCUUUGCUUGCACUUGCGUUUGCCGACCUGCUUCUCUACCUCACUACUACCGACUACUGGAUCUGUCUCUCUCGACGACAAUUGAAUAAUACGAUGGCGGUUACGGGCAGUUGAUUCUAAUCGGAAGAGUUGGGUAUGGCGGUGCUACUGGUAUUGGCCUUCAUAAUUGGGGCGAUUACCGUUGUCGCCAUCGAGGCGGUGGCACUGUGGGUUUUGAUUCAGCGCCUCAAUAGCAAAGUCGUCCAAGAAGACAACAAGUCCAAGACUGCCGGGCCCUCCGCCUUUGAUCUCAGCGUCACCCCCUCCUUAUAUGAUAAGCAGGGGACUUUAUGGGUUUUAGAACCAGAUAAAAUUCCAAAAUCUAGGCUUGAAGAAAAAGUCCAAACAGAACAAAGGAGGAAAAGAGAAAUUUUGGAGGUGACCCCUGUUAGGAAAAAUGCAAGAGUUAGAGAUCAUUAUCUUACCCUGAUGGAAACAGAUGUUCCCAGUGUAGAGAUUUCACUAAGGGGGUGCACAAUUGUUGCUGUUUCUGCUACUGAUCUGCCGUCAAGAAAAUGGGCAAAAAGGUACCCAAUCAAAGUAGAGAGCAAGGAUUUAGCUAUAUAUAAAGGAUCCAAAAUUAUUUACUUAUAUCUGGAGACGUCUUGGGAGAAGGAGUCCUGGUGUAAGGUCCUUCGCCUUGCUUCCUGUGAGGAUGGAGAGAAAAAUGCAUGGUUUUCCAAGCUGAGUAUGGAGUUUCAGUAUUACCUAGCAUCACUAAAUGCUGGAUACCCUUCUUUUAUGAAACCUUCAGGAGGUGUAAAUUCUGAAUUAACUGAAAGGUCAGUUAAAUUUGAUGGUUCCUCUUCAAAGGUUCGCCAGUUCCUGAAAAAACUAGCUAAAAGGGCAUCUAAAAGUGGACAUGAUUAUAAACCAAGUGGGCCAUCAAUUUCAGGACAUGAGGAAAGAAAAUUUAGUUCAAAGUCUUAUUCAUCUCAAGACAUGGUCAUGCCUAAUGGCUCAGCUAAAGCUGAUACAUCAGGGAAACUUCCUAGCGUUUAUUUUGUGGAUACUAGCAUGGCACCAUCAGUUUCAGCCUCCACUGAGCAGGGAUCAGGUUCUCAUUCAUCUGGACUAUCUGAGGCAGACUCCAAAGAGUCCAAAGACAAGCAUAUUGAUGAAGGCACACUGUGCUUGAAUAUGGUUAUUUCACGGCUGUUCUUUGACGCUAAGAACAAUUUUCAGCUUAAGAGUUCUUUACACACUCGGAUUCAGAGAGCACUAUCGAAUAUGCGUAUCCCAAGUUACAUUGGCGAAAUCACAUGUACAGCUGUGGAUCCUGGCACUCUGCCUCCACGCAUCCUUGCGAUGAGGGUCCUUCCCUCAGAUAUGAAUGAGGUAUGGUCCCUGGAAAUCGAUGUUGAGUAUUUAGGUGGCAUGGUUCUGGACAUUGAAACAAGGCUCGAGCUUCAAGAAUUAGAAUUUGAAGAAGAGAAAACACGGCUCAAUGGAAACAGUGAUGGUGAGGUCGCCUCUGAUCUUCUGGAAGGUUUUGAGUAUCUUGGGGAACAGUUGAAGCUUCGUGAAGAGACAAUGGAUGAAGGAUAUCAUGAUAGAGAUGAUACUGACAAUCCCAGAAGCUCUGGGAGUGCACCAUCUCAAGGGUCUAGAUGGAAGUCUAUAUUACAUUCUAUCACGAAACAGGUGUCACAAGUUCCUCUCUCAUUGGGGAUUAGGAUUUCCUCUAUUUGUGGAACAAUACGGGUGUGCAUGAAGCCUCCACCUUCUGAUCAGAUAUGGUUUGGGUUCACUUCGAUGCCUGAUAUUCAAUUCAACUUGGAAUCAUUUGUGGGGGACCACAAAAUUACAAAUGCUCGCCUAGCUUUGUUCCUGAUUAGUCGAGUCAAGGCAGCAAUUCGUGAAACUUUGGUGCUUCCAAACAAUGAGAGUAUUGGACUUCCUUGGAUGUUGGCAGAGAAAGAUGAUUGGGUCCCAAGGAAAGCUGCUCCUUUCAUGUGGUACAAAAACAAUCAAGAUUCUGCCAGUAAUAACUCAAAACGAGAAGCACCAUCCUUCCAACCUGCAGGGGAAUCAGCUCAUAAUGUUGAAUCAAGUCAUGGAAAUUCUACUAGGUCAGAGCUCGACUAUGAGAUGUCAAAAAUUGUGGGUCCUAUCCCAGAAGGAACAGGUGAAUUGGUAGGCCCCCGUGUAUCUUCAUCAAGUUCCAUGGACGAGUCAAUAUCGAACAGCAGUUCUUGCCAAGACCUUAGGGCCCCUUUAUUGAAGGAUGAGAAGAUGCCAGAAUCUACCACUAGGAGCAUAGAGCCCAGACAGGAUAGUCGUGUGCUUUCUCCAUCGCGUUUCCAAACAAAAGAACAAAUUCAGAAAGCAGAUGAUGAUGAUAUGAAUCAAAAGAGAAUAGGACCGAAAGAGCGUAUGCGUGGAUUAGGGAAGAAAAUGGGAGAAAAGCUAGAGGUGAAGAGGCGUCACUUCGAGGAGAAAGGAAGAAGUUUUGUUGAAAGGAUGAGAGGACCGUGAUAAAUACUAUUGUUCCUUGUCGUGUGUCUACUACUUGCGUUGCGUUAUUCUUUUCUCAGGAAUUCUUUCGUAUCUAAUCUUGUAUCCUUGCAGUUGUACAAAUUCGAUAAAUAUAAAUAGAAGAUAUAUACACAAAUGUCUGCUUAUGGCUUCA